AUGGCUUCCGACGCAAUAAGGAAGAAGCUUGUUAUCGUUGGAGAUGGAGCUUGUGGGAAGACGUGUUUGCUGAUAGUAUUUAGCAAAGAUCAAUUUCCCGAAGUGUAUGUGCCGACUGUCUUCGAAAAUUAUGUCGCUGAUAUCGAGAUGGACAAUACAAGAGUUGAACUGGCCCUCUGGGAUACAGCGGGUCAAGAGGAUUACGAUCGUUUGAGGCCUCUGUCUUAUCCGGAGACUGAUGUUAUCCUGAUGUGCUUUUCGAUAGAUAGUCCUGAUAGUUUGGAAAAUAUAUCUGAGAAGUGGACAGCAGAAGUCAAGCACUUUUGUCCCAAUGUACCGAUAAUUCUUGUCGGUAAUAAGAAAGAUCUACGCAAUGAUGAAAGAGCACUUGCGGAACUGUCUAAAUUCAGACAGUCUCCUGUAACAACAGAGCAGGGGAAAGCAAAGGCCGCUCAAAUUGGAGCCUAUGGUUACGUGGAGUGCUCCGCUAAAACUAAGGAGAACGUCCGCGAGGUCUUUGAAAUGGCUACUCGGGCGGCGUUGGAAACAUCCAAGAAGUCGAGGAAGAAGCGAUGUAAAGUUCUGUAG